UUUGGAGCAGAACGGUGGAAGUGAGGAUUUACAUGCAUAAUCUGCUCUGUAGCCCUGUUCCUCGACUGCUUGUUUCUCGAACCAUAAUUGGAACAGUCUUUCAAGAGAAACAACAACUCCCGUGCCGUGGCUUUAGCCGUCCACGUCCCAUCCAUGCUCAGCUGAAGCAAUCCAGGCAUUGUUCCUUCCUCAGAAUCAGUCCUCUGUACUUCUCUCUGCAGCUCUGGCAUAUAAGCAGGAAGAUACUUGUUAUCUGCUCCUUGCAUUUCAUCGAUUCCUCUUCAAUGGUCUCAACCAGCCCCCAGAUUGUGUCGCACGUACCUGCAGUUUCCUUGAGCGCAGUCUUCGAUGAAGAAACAAUGUCGUCAAAUAGCGCAAUUGCCUCCUCAACUAGUUGGCUUGAUUUUUCCAAGCCGUGGGUUAUUUGGAACAACGAAAACACUACGCCCGAAGAGACGGAGACAGAAUUGUCUGAUGGCAGGUCGAGAGGUUGUGUAGUGUGGCUUUGCUGUCGAAUAGUCUGAUCGAGAAAUUCAACUAUUAGUUGGAUGCCUCCGUGUGAUCCAAUUGGUAGCUUGUUUCCCUAGCGGAUGAAAAAAGCUGCUAUUGUGAUUUCGAUCAUCGCCUUGCUUUUGCAGCUAAAUUGAUCCUUAUUUUGAGCAUGUAAAUUACUUAUUUUACGACAUUGAUCGUUUUGAUGUAAUGCUACGAAUGUCCUCUCUUGGCUAAAUUUAGUUAGUUACUGUUAACAAAGUAAAGAUAGUCAUUUAAUUAGCCUGUUGGAGCUUAAUUCUUCUGCAUCUUUUGUUAAGAUGGGUUGUUGGAGAUGAGGACUCUUCACAUUCAUAAUAUCUAGACUGACUCUAACCGUUGGAAUUUGCUUUGCACCGAAGAUUCUUAUAACGCUGUCGUGACGUCAAGUCAAUUGGUCAAAGUUGGGCGGCAGAUUGCUCAAAAAACUCCAAAGAAAGGAAAAACACUCUUGCAAAAAAUUUAAAAGGGCCCCCGAGACUGGGGAAUCUUCGGAGAUUUGACUUUGGUUAUUUGAGAGCCAAGCUGCUCUUCUACAGCUGCAAUGGAUACCAGCAAUUCAGCCCAUGGAGCCGCCGCCGCCUCUUCUUCGUCUUCCUUGCGGCGCCCAAACCGCUGGAAGUAUGAGGUGUUCCUGAGCUUUAGAGGCGACGACACGCGCACUACCUUCACAGACCACCUAUACAUUGCAUUACUCAAGGCCGGAAUCAACACUUUCAUAGACUACCAGCUCAGAAGAGGGGAAAACAUAGAGAGUGAACUUGACCAAGAAAUUGAAGGGUCGAGGAUCGCUGUCAUCGUCUUCUCGAAGAGGUACGCGGAGUCCCGGUGGUGCCUGAGGGAGCUGUCGAAGAUCAUGAGGUGCCUAAAAGAUCAAGAGGGGAAAAUAGUGUGUCCAAUAUUCUACGACGUUGACCCUUCUCAAGUCAGGAAACAGAAAGAUAGUUUUGGGGAAGCAUUUCAGAAGCAUGAAAAGGAUGAAGAUCCAAAUGAGGUCAAGCAGUGGAGUAAGGAUCUUAAGGCUUCUGCAGAUUUGGCCGGCUGGAACCUCAAAACCACGGCCGACGGGUGUGAAGGAGUGUUUAUCGAGAAAAUUGUUGGGGACGUCAAGGGACUACUGAAAACCACAGACUUUAAAGAAGCCAAGCACUCAGUUGGAAUGGCUUUUCGCGUGCAAGAAUUCAGUACUAAAUACUUAGACGUUGGAGGUUCACCUAAUGUUCAAAUUAUUGGAAUUUGGGGUAUGGGCGGUAUAGGUAAAACAACGCUUGCUAGAGCAGUGUGUAUCAAUUAUCAGCAGAGUUUUAGUCGUCAAUGUUACCUUGAAGAUGUGAGGAGUAAAAAGAAAGAGAUGGUUAGUAUGCAAGAACAACUUCUUCGAGAUAUUUUAAAACAACCUGACAUUAAGGUAAGCAGUGUUGCCGAAGGGACCAAAGAGAUAAAAAAAAGACUUGGAAGCAUGAAGGUAUUUGUCGUGGUUGAUGACAUAGAUGAUGUAGACCAAUUAGAUGAAUUGGCAAUAGAACAUGAAUCGUUUGGUCCAAGGAGUAGAAUUAUUAUAACAACAAGAGAUGAACAUGUGCUGAAUAUACAAAAGGUGGAUAAAAAAUAUAAGGCACAAGCAAUGACAGAGAAAGAAGCUCUUGAGCUCCUUAGUUGGUAUGCCUUUGGAAAUGAUUAUCCCGAUAAAGAAUAUAUUGAAUUGGCAAGAGAUAUCGUUGAUUACUGUGGAGGAUUGCCCCUAGCUCUGAAAGUUGUUGGUCAUUUGUUGGCUACGAAAAAGAAUAAAACCAUAUGGGAAAGUACAUUGGAUAAAUUGAGAAAUAUUCCAGAUGGAAAAAUUCAUGAAACGCUUAAAUUAAGCUACGAUGGGCUAUGUGAUGAUCAUGUGAAGGGUGUGUUCCUUGACAUAUCUUGUUUCUUUAUUGGACUGGGGAUAAGUUUUGUCACGUCAAUAUUGGAUGGUUGUAGUCGUUUUUCUGUAGAAGCAUAAAUUACCACACUUUGCGAUCGAUGUCUCUUAUAUAUUGGUGAAAAGAGAGAAUUGAGGAUGCAUGAUUUGAUUCGAGAUAUGGGAAGAGAAAUUGUGCGGGCAGAAUCUCCUGUGGAACUGGGAAAACGUAGUCGAUUAUGGCAUAGUGAAGAUGCAAAAAGCGUGCUAAGGAAUGAUUCGGGAACAGAAGCAGUUGAAGGACUAAGACUAUUUUAUCCAGAAGAUUCUGAUGACGAGCAAAGCUUCAGUACGGAAGCGUUUAAGAAGAUGUGGCGUCUGAAAUUUCUUCAGCUGGUAAAUGUAAAGCUGACUGGAAGCUACAAACAUCUUUCCAAGGAGUUAAGAUUGUUGCAUUGGAGAGGAUUUCCGCUUGAAGCCAUACCAGCAGAUUUUGAUCAACGCAACCUAGUUUGUUUAAGCCUGAGGUACAGCAAGAUUGUACGAGUUUGGGAGGAUUUGGACCUGUUGCCUAAGAAGUUGAAGUAUCUCCUUCUUAGAGACUGCCAUAACCUGACUGAAUUACCAGACUUUUCAAAACUCCCACAUCUCAAUAUAUUGGAGCUCAGUGGCUGUAAGGGUUUGUGUGGGGGUUACCAUUUUUUAGCACAACUGAAGAUGAUUGAGGGAUUAGAUCUCAGCGACUGCAAUAUAACAGAUGGUGCCAUUCUCGAAAUAAUUGGGAGUCUAUCUUCUUUAACAUAUUUAGGUCUAGCUGGGAAUGGUUUUAAUAGGCUACCCAUUCUCAGUGGCCUUUCUCAGCUUCAGUUUUUAUGUCUAAAUCAUUGCACAAACCUUCAGGCAAUCCCAGAUUUGCCGAACAGUUUGCUUCGACUGAGCGUGAAUUACUGCACUGCACUGGAAAUAAUGUCCGACUUUUCAGAGAUGUCGAAAAUGAGGGUAUUGGAACUGAAAGACUGCCGCAAACUCAAAGAUAUUCCAAACUUGGAGAACUCGUUGGACUACAUGGAUUCCAUAAUUUCCAUUCAAAUGGAAGGGUGUACCAGUCUCACUGAUACUUUUAAGGAGAAGCUCCAAAAGAAAGGUGCAUUUCGUGGAAUUUUUCUCUGGAAAUGAUAUUCCUAACUGGUUAGCCUAUGUCGCGAGAGAGGGUGAAACUGUCAAAUUUAAAGUGCCACCAAGUAUUGAUUAUAUAGGAGGGUUGGCUUUGGGCAUCGUUUAUUCUUCAGACAACUCCGACUCUACUGGGUCUUUAUGUAUUGAUGUUGUUAAUCGUACCCAGCGAACUCAUUUUUGCAUCUGGACAAUGGAGGCCACCAUAACUGCUUCCCAGGAAUAUUAUCUUUGGUUGGCAAAUCUUUCAAACAAGAAGCUCAAUCUGAAAGGCAACGACAAGGUUCUUGUAAAAGCAGAAUUUUAUGGAGGAGACAAUAGAAUUACGGUGAACAAAACAGGAGUGGAUAUUGUAAAAUGGGAUUUGUCUGAUGGUGGUACUCAUUGGGAGGACUUUGAGACUAUGUCAUAUGAGUCUAAUGAAGACACUACGUCAUAUGAGUCUGAUGAAGACACUAAUGACGAUACACAAUUGAGCAUUUGCCAUGUUUUCCUCUGCUACAACACCCCCGAGGCCUGGCCGUGGUGCAUCGAAGGCUCUGAGUCCGAUCCACUCCCUAAGUUCUUUGCCUCCGCUCUCAAAGCUCGCAAGAAUGACAUCACUGUUAAGACGUUGCUGAUGGUAAUUGAAGGACAUGAAGGAACUAAGUUUUCCAAUGGCGAUGUGUUGAUUUUCCCACAAAUGAUCAAAUAAAGGGGCUUGAAAGAGUUGGAUGUGGACAGCUUUGUUGAUGAUGUCCUUGUGAAUGACAAACCAUGGGCUUCUGGAGUGCAAGAGCCGUUGACUGGCUCCCAUGUAUUUGUAUGUGCACAUGGUUGUCGAGAGGAAUGGAAUCGUGAUAGUGCACGUGUUCUCAUUGAUAAGUUCAAAGAGGAGGCUGAGCUGCAAGAAUUGAUGAAUCAGGUAUUUGUUGCUGCUUGCUUUCACACUGGAGGCCACAAUGGAAACUUGAUUAUCUACAGCCCAGGAUCAGAUGGAAGCAUAACAGGCCAUUGGUAUGGCUAUGUCACUCCUGAUGAUGUGCCGGAAUUGCUUGAUCAGCAUAUUGGGAAGGGAGAGAUUAUAGAACGACUUUGGAGGGGCCAAAUCGGAGCACCUUCUGAAGAAGCUGAAAAAUCUAAUGACCAGAAUCUUCCAAAUGGAGGAGAAAAUAGGAAAGUCGAGAAGCCCCAAGAAAAUGGCUAUCAGAGGGGAACAAAGCGAAAGCGAGAAUGUCGGCUUGAGUAAUGCAAACAUUGGUGAUAAUCCAAUGCCUCGAAAACCUAUGGGUUCCUCCGCAAGGUUCGUCCACGGAGGGUGAGUCAGGGCCUAAGAUCAGACCGAAAGGCAUAAUCGAUGGACAAUAGUAGCUGUAGCCUAUAGCUUUUAUAGAAGGUCAGGCUAAAACGCGCUCAAAUCCUCCGAACCAUGCUCUUACAUGAAAUGAGAAAUCUAAUAAACUGUUGAAUGGUUUUAUCUUGAUUGCGAUUUCUUA